GGGAGAUUAAGAUGAGACAUUAGGAAGAAUUUCUUUGGUGUGAGGGUGGUGAGACCCUGGGACAGGUUGCCCAGGGAAGCUGUGGCUGCCCCAUCCCUGGCAGUGUUGAAGGGCAGGUUGGAUGGGGCUUGGAGCAGCCUGGGCUGGUGGGAGAUGUCCCUGCCCAUGCAGGGGGUUGGAUCUAGAUGAGCUUUAAGGUCCCUUCCAAUGCAAACCAUUCUAUGAUUCUAUGGAAAUGUGCCAACCCCUUCAGAAUCAAAACUUUGAGUAUCAGAAGAUGAAUGAUUUAACAUUUAUUCUACAGUUCAGCAAUGAGGCCACUGUGGACUUGUUGAGGUCACCCUUGCUCUGUGGUUUUCCUGAUUCUGUAUCUUUUACUGGGGAAAAUUGUCGGCAGCAAAAUACCCAUUGCAGAGCUCCACAAGAGUAAGAGUAACAGGAGAUUAUGGGGAGUUGCAGAAGUUGAAUUGUAAGGAAGUCAGCAACAUUUUUGUGGGACUGUGGCAGCUUCAAUGUGUGACUGCAGAUGGUGGAAGGCUUUUUGAUAGGAGUGUUUCUUGGGAUCUGUGUGAAGUGCUUCCAGGAGUUUCUGACUGGCAUCAGCCUUGAUUCAGGGUUAAAUGUCUACUUCCUGGGAAAAACAGUGGCAAGUUUGCUAAAAAAGAGAGCUCAGAUGAACUUGUUCUGGCUGCGUUCAGCUGAGAUCCUCUAUCCUGGGUGCAAACUUUUCUUUCCUCAGACUUCCAUGAUGUCUGCCCAGUGCACCUGGCCGUGUGCCAGCUCCCUGCUGCUGCUGGCUCUGCUGUGCUGCAUCCUUUCUCCUCCAGCACAAGCCAGCAAGAGCUCAGAGGACAUCCGCUGCAAGUGCAUCUGUCCCCCGUACCGGAACAUCAGCGGGCACAUCUACAACAAGAAUGUGUCACAGAAGGACUGCAACUGCCUGCACGUUGUGGAGCCGAUGCCUGUGCCCGGGAAUGACGUGGAAGCCUAUUGCCUGCUCUGCGAGUGCAAGUACGAGGAGCGCAGCACCACCACCAUCAAGGUGAUCAUCAUCAUUUACUUGUCCGUGGUGGGGGCACUGCUGCUCUACAUGGCUUUCCUUGUGCUGGUGGAUCCUCUGAUCCGCAAGCCAGAUGCUUACACCCAGCCCCUGCACAAUGAGGAGGAAAACGAGGACACCCACUCCUUGGCCCCGCCCGGCGCCAGAGCCAACACGGUGCUGGAGCGGGUGGAGGGUGCCCAGCAGCGCUGGAAGCGCCAGGUGCAGGAGCAGAGGAAAACAGUUUUCGACCGCCACAAGAUGCUGAGCUAGAUCUCUGCUGAGCUGAGCAGCACCACUGCCCCGGGGGACAGGGCAGGCACACCAGGUCAUCCCUCAGGACACCUGUGGUGUUGGACUGACAGCUCUCACCCUCUGUCUUCACAGAGACAGGCAGAAGAAAUCAAUUCCUCUGGUUUUGUCCCCUUGCCUUUCCCCUCAGCCCAGAGGCUCCUCAACCCUUGCCCCGCUGAGACCCGCGCUGGUCGCUGGCCCCAUGGCUGCCUGCUCAUGGUGGGCUCGUGGCCACUGGAGCUCCUGUGCUCAGUGUCCCCCACCUGCCCCCCGUGCUGGGACCGAAGUCUCCAUCAGCCCACAUCAGAGACAGGGGUCUUGGUACGGAGUGUUGGAUGCUGAGUCUUCCUGGGAGAAAAACCAUGGAAUAAUUCUGAUGUGGGAUAAACUGUGCAGUGCUGCUCCAGGAUGGAGAAGUCUUCUCCUCCUCCUCCAGUUUGCACCCCAGUUAAUUUGGUGGUGUGGGGCUGAGACAUGUGCACAGGGAGGAGGAGGGAGGGGUUCCCUGCCAGUGGUCACCUGCUGCUUGCACUUACCCUGCUGUAAACUGAGCAGAUUCCCACCCUGGUCAGUGGCGUCUGUCCAGAUUUACACCAGCAUAACUGAGACUGCAGCUUCUUUCUGUGUAGGUGUCACAGAACUGAUUAGUACAUUCACAAGAGACCAACAGGGAAAAGGUUGAUUUCCAUGUCUACCUUUUCCUGCUUUAUACAAACAUCCUGGGGAGAAAGCUUUCUGUUUGUAGCCAUGUAGGGAACCCUUAAUGCUCUCACAGUGGAGUCGGGCAUUUGUGUCCAAGAAGUGGGGCAACAGCUUUACUGUUAACACUUGUCUGUGUGUCAGGGCUCUGGAAAGGGCCAUUUGUGCUACUCGCAACACUCUGAGAGCUCUGAUGGUGCUUGGACUGUGUUGGAGGAAACUGGAGUGAUUCUAGAAUGUGUACAUUGAUCCCACAGAGAACACUUGAUAAUGAAUACCAAGAAGAUGCUGGAGUUGAUGGUAUAGCAUCUCUGUAUUAAAUGCAGACAAAGAUC